UAUUGACGUCAAAUAAAGUCAAAAAGCCAACGCAAAUUAACAAUCUUUGCGAAAUUGUUAUUUACGCAGAAAUUAUUUAAGGUCUAGUUGAAAAAUGGACGAAAAGCCGAUGUUCGACCCUAACUCUGCCGAUCAGCUCACUAAAGAACGAGGAAUAUGUUUGCAAUAUGAUUGUGCAGUUAAAAGACUGUACGACGUGUUCCAGCAGUGCGAGAAAAGGGUUAAGAGUAAGGAAUACACUGCGGAGACAUGUGAAGAAGAAAUUAUUGACUUGAUGGAAGGAAUUGAUAGUUGUGUAGAUGACAGAGCGUUCAAUAAAUUUGUUUAAUCAACGUGUGUAUGAACCAAACCAAGUCUUUAUGUACUAAAUAAUUGUUACUAUC